CCAAUUAGCAUGCUGAUUACUUCACAUGAGGGGUAACAAAAUCUGCUACGAGCAGUCUAUGAACCCAUCCGUAAACCAUAACUUUUGAGUAAUAGUCAAGGCUUCCAUUAAUAGCGAAAGCGGGUACAGAAUGGGAAGCUACGAGGAAGCAAUACGGCUCUUAAAUGGGAGGAGAGAGCCACCAAAGGCGAAUCCAGACGAGAUGCGUGGUUCAGAUGAUAUGUUACCAUGGCUCAGAUUACUAGGCUACUCGGAUGAGACAUUAAACAGUCUCAACGCUAUACACGUCGCAGGAACGAAAGGUAAAGGUAGCACAUGCAUUUUCAUCGCGUCAUUUCUCAGAGCACAUGGGCAGCGCUGUGGAUACCCGCGCAAAAUCGGUCUGUAUACAUCACCACAUAUGAAUCAUAUACGGGAGAGGAUUCGCAUCAACGACGAGCCGAUUUCCAAGGACCUUUUCGCGUCUCAUUUUUUUGAAAUCUGGGAGAAACUACCCCGUGAGGCUACUAGGACCUUGGAUAUUCCUCGAUAUCUUCAACUCUUAGCUCUCCUCGCAUUCCAUGUGUUUGUCAAAGAAGGAGUUGAUGUGGGGGUCUUCGAGACGCACGCUGGUGGGAAAUAUGACGCGACGAACGUGAUAAAAACACCAUGUGUAACAGCGGUUACUUCGAUCGGCAUGGAUCAUGCGAGACUACUAGGCCAUGAUAUCCAAGCUAUUGCCCGACAUAAGGCAGGAAUUUUCAAAUCCGGAUGUCCAGCCUUUUCUGUUCUUCAGGAACCAAUGGUUACGGCCGAGUUCGAGAAGCAAGCAAUGAAGGAGGGAGUAUUGUUGAAGUUCGUCGACUUAGACGAGACGCUUCCUACGGACGCAGCUGCUUUAAAGCCAGUUCCCCAGAGAAUCAACUGCUCUCUCGCUCUCACAGUCUCCCGCGAAUGGCUACGUCAGAAGGCUCCAGAUAAGGAACUAACUACGGAAGAUAUUAUCUGCGGUAUUAAGCAGUUUUCGUGGCCCGGCCGAUUUCAGCAAAUAACAGACGGUAGAUGUCAGUGGUUUCUUGAUUGUGCUCAUAACGAGUUGAGUUUACCAUAUGCCGCGACAUGGUUUGCAGAGGCUAUUACCGAGAACCAAGAUGGGUGUACAUACCCUCCCCGGAUUCUUAUAUUCAGCCAUUUUAGUGAUCGAGAUGGCCAAACGCUUCUAAACAGCAUUGCUAAAGCCCUAGAGACUCGACAAGUUCGAAUACAACACCUUAUCUUAACGACAUACGACAUAAGACGAGAUGGCCAAGCUUCAAUCGACCGAAACAUGAUGAACCGAUACAAGCCAGAGAUUCAGAGCCUGUACGCCCAAGCUUGGAGGUUAUUAGAUCCUGCUACCAAGAUAUGGGAGGAACGAACGAUUGAGGAGGCUUUGGAUCGGGCAAGGAAUAUCUCUACCCGGGACGGAAUGCAGGUUUUCGUUACAGGGAGUAUUAAAUUAGUUAGUGGCGCUCUCUCUCUCUUGUAAUAACAUGAUCAUCACACUUGCAGGGACCGGUCGCGCCCUAGAUCGGCACAAAAUGAGGGAGCCCAUCCAUUCAUAGAAGGAAGGUAGGCCAUCCUAGUAGAUGUGAAAUCGGGAUGAACCCCGAUAUGACGGACGGGAGAGCGGGGAGUUGGUAGAGAAGCGGCGUG